GUCACCGCACCGAUUCAGUUCUUGUGUGCUGCGAUAGCAGUUGCUAGGCUCAGCAGCGCUCCGCAUCUGCGAGGCACACACAUGCCCCGGCCCGGCAGCAAUGUCGAUUCUCCUGCACGCCGUGAACUUGGUGCUCAUUGUUAGCUUUCUACCGUCAUCGUCGCAAUCGCUGCAGACAUCUAGAUUGCCGGCGGAUCUGCUGGGCAGCCUGAAGAAAUGGUACGACAUGAGGAUCCGGCCCGACGACGAUGCUGGCCCAGUCAUCGUCACCGUCGACAUGUACAUCCGAGCGCUCUAUAACAUAGACGUGCGCAGCAUGAGCUUUGACGCCGACUUCACUCUGAGACAGACGUGGUCUGACCCGAGACUCACCUUUCAACGGACGCCACCGGACCCGGAAAAGUACAUAGGAGCGCCAAAACUCGCCGACAGUAUUUGGAAGCCCGAUUUGUUCUUUACCAACUCUAGACACGCCACCUUUCAUGCUGUGACGAGCCCGAACGCAUUAGUUCGCAUUUAUCCGAAUGGAACCGUGGUGCUUCACCAGCGAAUUACGUCAACGUUCUUCUGUCACAUGAAUUUAGUUCACUUUCCGUUCGAUCAACAGAAAUGUUCCAUUAAACUCGCAAGCUUUGGUUAUAGCAUGGAUGAACUACGGUUCGCCUGGAAGGAAGAGAACCCUGUCACUAUCAACACAGGUAUCAAACUGCCACAGUUUCGACUGGCCGUAAGCGAAGAAAAUUAUCCAGUUGAAGAAAUAACGAAGUAUCUUAAAAGCGGAAACUAUAGCGAACUGCAAGUGAAUUGCACGAUGAAUCGUGACUACGAGUAUCACGUCGUGCAAAGUCUGGUGCCGUGUGUAUUUCUGGUUAUUUGCUCUUGGCUCUCCUUCUGGUUACAUGUCCAAGCAGCGCCUGCAAGAGUGGCUCUCGGUGUUACGACGUUCUUAGCGAUAUACACACAGAGCGCCGCGGUGCGUUACAACCUUCCUCCCGUCUCCUAUCUAAAAGCCAUCGACGUUUGGUUCAUAGUGUGCAACAUAUUCAUAUUUCUGUCACUGCUGGAGUUUGCACUGGUGAACUACUUUACCAGAAGGUCGGCGAAGGUUGACAAAGGCAUUGAGGCACCCGAGCCCGCCAAAGAACAGGAAACAAAAUACACGGCUGAGUCGGAGCGCGUCCUGCCAAAGCUAAAGCGUCAUUUGUCACAUUUUACUAUCCUAGCAGAUGAGGAACAUCGUAAAGCAAAGCACGUCGACAUUGUCGCUCGCGUGCUGUUCCCCGUCGCCUUCUGCUUCUUCCUCAUCUUAUUCUGGUCGAUUUAUGGCGCAUCUAGUCAGAAUCUGUAAUAAUCAAUUACGCACCGUCUUUUAGUGAAAGGACGUGUGAUUAAUUUACAUUUUGUUUAACAUAUCGAUUACAAGGAAAUGUACGUAUAUCAAACCUUUGGCUUAUAGAAUCUCUGUAGUACAUCGCGGUGUAUUGAGAUUCUAGUAGUAAUAUGUCUUGAAACGUUACUUCGCAUAGCAUGUUAUUUUACAAAUAUUUCACCAUUUAGAAUGAUAGAAGAAGAAUGUAGUACGAAUUGUAUUGGUUUGAUAUGAAAUUAUUAAAACUUGUUUCCCUAUUGCUGUCUAUGUGGAUAUACACAGAAUAUUCAACUUCCCGUUUCUCUCUCUCCUUCACAAUCGUUUUAAAAUUCUAUCAGAUAUAAUAUAAUGUUACACCGUACGAUGCUAAUUAAUACAAUGCCAAAGAGUUCGUUCCUGUCUCAGUUAUAUAUACUACUUUCUAUUUUCUAUGCGAUAUUAAUUUACU